CCGAACCGAAAGGAAACGGAUAAAAUAGAUAUGCCCCAGUUUUGAGCUGGAAUUGGAGUCUAUCGCCCUUCACCUAGAUUCUGUCCUCUGCAAUCAUCCCUCGAUAACUUGAUUUUGUCCUCUGCAAUCAUCCCUCUAUCUUCAAGCUAGAUUCGUCGAUAUCAUGUUACGUAUCCGCUUCUCUUUUGAGUUCUGACUCAUCAGCCCGCCGGUUUCCCGCUCCGGUCACGCAUACGUAAAGUUCGGUGGUUCAUUGUGAUGUUGAAACUUGAUAGCAUUCAUUGAUCUUUGUUGUGUACAAAUUAAGAUGAACCGCAGCUACAAUUCCUGAUACUAUUUUAAAUGAACACUGAGAUUUAUCUGGUGAUUGCAAGUAUUAGCUGAUAAAACAGACCGGAGCGCAUAAUGGGAAGCAUGAGAGUGAACCGUAACGUUCCUUCACUUGUGGAUUUGUGCGUUCAGUUUGCUAUAUGUCAUGUUAGGCACCUUCAUGAUGUUGGUGAAACAGACUAUCAUCUACUCGAUCGCAUUUUACCUCACUGUACUAUUGAUGAGUUGGCAUGCAUUGAGAGGUCAACAGAAGGGAGAGAUCUUAGUCCUGUGACAAAUAAACUUUGGAAGAAGUUUUAUGAGCGAGAAUUUGGUGAAAAGAGCACCAACCAGGUUGUGGAGAAAAUGAAGCAGAAAAGAUGCACUUUUAAGUGGAGACAGUUGUAUGAGGCAAAGUUGAAGGUCGAGGAGGAAGUUACACAGCAAUCCUUUGAAAGAAUCAAGGAUCUUUACAAAAAACAAGAAACUGAAAAACAAAACCGGCAAAUUAAGAUCUGUACAAAGAUUCCACCUUCUAGCUGUAAAAGAAACUUUUAUGGAGGCGGGAGUGGGGUUUACAACACAAAGAGUACAGUAAUGAAGAAGGCAAAGAUGGAUUACAUGAGGAGUCCGGAGUAUAAGAACUUAGCAGCUAUAAAGAGUAAGGCUGUGCAAAGAACUAAUAGUGUUUUCUCGCCAAAGAAACUGGGCGGACCUUCUGUGAUGAUGGCUGCUCCUUCACCACCCAAACUGAUGAGACCAGCAGAGAAAGUAGCGAUGAAACCAAUGAAGAAUCCAGCAGGGAAAGAAGCAAUUACACCAAUGAGGAGACCAGCUGACAGAGAAGCAUGGAGACCGAUGAUGAAACCAGCAGAGAGAGAAGCACCAAAACUAAUGAAGAAACCAGCAGAGAAGAGAUUCUAGAGCCUCUCGAGUGCUCGCAGCUGUGAAUCAACAAUGCAGCUUUUCUCUAUCAUUAAAAGAAAACAAAUAUUUAUUAUGUCAUUAAUGAUAAUUUCUUAGCUGCUUUAUUCUAUUAAAGUUGUGUUGUAUCAUUUUUUAGGUGCUUUAUUCUAUUAAAGUUGUGUUGUAUCAUUUUUUCUCAGUAUGCAAUGUAUAAACAUUUCAAGAAAGAAAAAUAACAACUAUGUCAAAUUUAUUGGGGAAACCUUCAGAUUUGAGAUGUUUCUCAAAAUGAGCCUCUC